GCGCAUUCAAACAUGUCAAGUCCGCCGAGUCUCACCGCGAAGCCGAUGGAGACUCUUGACACACAAGCUGAGCUCGUGCAGCGGCAUGGCCUUUGUCGAGCGGCGACCAGUUGGCAGGUGAUUUGGAAUCUUCUUCAGGGCAGUGGAGAUGGUGCAGCACUGCGGAUCGUGCGGAAGGUGGAUGUGUUUAUUUGCCACUCGUGGUCCUGCCCUGCAUGGAGGAAGAUGUUGGCCCCUUGCGUCCAAGGUUCCCGCGCGACAGGUCGGUCGAGAGACCUGGAGCCCAAACCGUCCUUUGCCACUAUUUCCACGUCCAUUGGGCUACCCGCUGGGCACGUCCAUUGGGCUACCCGCUGGGCACUCCUGACCGCCUCCCUGGGUAUGUCACAGCUUUUUUGGCACGCGCGGAGCUUGAACGAAGUGGCACAGAACGGCCUGAAGACCUUGCUGUGGCGUGGAGUCACUUUACCUUUGUUCAUUUGGCUGCUGAUCUAUUUCUGUGGCUUUGGGUUGCAAAGCAAGUCAUUGUGGUUUGAUGGCAUUUGUGUGGACCAAUCCAACCUGCCGCUGAUGACCAAGACAAUGCAGGCGAUCCCUGCUUUCGCAUCAGAAGCAACCAAUAUGUUGGUUGUUUGGCAUGAAAGUCUAUUCAGCAAAUUGUGGUGUGUAUACGAAAUCGCUGUGAGGGCCAAGACCUGCAGCUUUGAUUCGAUCCAUGUCGUACCAGUAUGGCUUCCAAUCUUUGUGCUGAUGAGCAUUGUAGUCAAUGUGUUUCCGGCGUUUGGGCUGAGUCUGGGUUUUGCAUAUCCCAGUCUAAGCACUGACCCGGCCACACGGUUUGUCUCACUUUUUCUAUACCUUGGUAGCUUCGAUAUUCGUUCCUACUUCUAUGGCGCCUCCUUUGCCAUUCCCAUCACCUACUUUUGCAUGCUGAAGAUUGAGUCUCACAAAACCAUGUUGGAUCAGAUGGCUUCGUUUGACUUGAGAAAGGCGACUUGUUCUCUGGAGACAGACCGACUGAUGAUCAGGCGACAAGUUGUUGAACUCUUCGACGAGGCUUUAGAGUAUCCCUUGUCCGUUUCAUUCGAAGCAGAAGAAUCAUCGGUGUCAGACACAGAGGUGAACUCGGAUGUGGCAGCCCUGAUAUCCCCUGAGGAUCUUCAUAGCUUUCGUCAUGUCACCAGCUACCCAACGGAGGAACAAAUCAUCGAUGAGUUCAACGCCUACGUCCGAGGGCCCCUGCGUGAAAGCGUGGUGCGCUCUUUGGGGCGGGAAGACCAGAUCCCCUUGAAGCUGUGCGUUUGUGCAUUUUGGCCCUCUUCUGCUGGAGGGCUGGCCUGGGCGCUGGGGUGCGAAGGCCAUAGCAAUUGUCAGGAUGCAGCUAGCAAUCUGAAGUUCGAUUCUGUUGCAUUGUAUUUGAUCACACAAGCGAUCAUCGCGGUCGUGAUCUGGACUUUGUGCUCUCUCCUCACCUUGCCCUUGGUGCUCCGAGCCAACCGCCUUGUCUUGAACAUGGUCACUGGCCCGCGGUUGCAGUUCGCUGCAGGGCUCUUUUGUACCACAUUGAUCCUUCUGCUUUGGUGGAAUCUGUUCGCCUCCUUUCUCUCAGCGACGAUAUUAGUGGGUGCUAGCGAGGUCUCACCGCUGUGGUUGUCGGGUGCAUUGGCAGGAUUUGUCUUUCAAUGCUGGAUGCUGUGGUACUUCUUCCUGCGUAGCCAGGAAGAUCAUACAAGUUCACGGCACCUUGCAAGAGGAUGGUGAAAAAGUGGGUGGCUGAUUGGGGCCGUUUUGCGGGGUGCAGGGUGGACUAGGAAAUCCUUGGAGGGGAUCUAGACCAGCAGAUUGCUACAGUUAGAGUUUCCGC